GAGGCAGCCUUUGAGUUCAGUCCGGAGCCAGAGGAGGGACGGAGUCCACCAACGACUGAACUUUUAAUGCAUGCGGGCCGAGUCGAGCCACCGUGUUGUCUGGGACUAUUUCUUUGUAGCUUUUAAAUGCAUCCUCCGCGUUGAUUUGGCUUCACCGCUGCUCGUCUGUGUUGUUCAAUAGCUGAUCAGUUUUUGUCCUGGAAAGAGAAAAGAAAGCAAGCAAUCAAGCUGUUGUCUCUUUUUAUUUGUCCGUGUGAGUCCAACACAGUAAGGAGAUCAGCGAAGCAAUUUGAGUGACUGACUGCAUGGAUCAGACUUAACAUGAAGAGCCUUAAAGCCAAGUUUAGAAAAACUGAUGUAAACGAGUGGAACAAAAACGACGAGCGCCUGCUUGCUGCCGUGGAGCAUGGCGAGGUGGACAAAGUUGUGUCCCUUCUCACUAAGAAAGGUGCCAAUGCUGCAAAGCUGGACGGCGAGGGGAAAUCGGCGCUUCAUGUAGCAGCUGCGCGCGGCCUGACAGAAUGCCUCGCCGUGAUGUUGGCUCACGGAGCUGACCUCUCGGUCACAGAUGCUGCUGGCUUUACUCCCUUACACCUGGCUGCCAAAAACAAUCACCUGGAAUGUUGCAGGAAGCUUAUUCAGAGUAAAUGUCCUGUUGAUCCAGUGGAUAGCUCAGGAAGAACUGCUCUGCAUCAUGCUGCUGCUGGUGGGAACGUCCAGAUUGUUCAGCUGCUGUGUGAACUCAAAACCCCCAUCAACCAAAAAGAUACAGACGACCUCACUCCCUUGAUGCUGUCAGCCAAACACGGCCAUCCCGAGGUGUGCAGCACUCUGAUAGACUGCGGUGCUGAAAUCAACACUCCUGACAACCAUGGCAGGACUGCUUUGAUGCUCGCGGCUGAAUCCAACGCGGUGGCUGCGGUGGAGGUUUUGGCUCAGAAAGGAGCAGACCUGUCCACUGUGGAUUCAGAGGGCCAUGAUGUUGUACACUAUACCAAGAUGUCGGGCAGCUCUGAAGCCCAGACUGGCCUCUUGGCUGCUCUGAACAGACAUCCACUUUUGGAUUCCAAGUCUCCAAGAAGUCCUCAGCAUGAUCAGGUAGCUAAGCUAAGUGAUGAGCGGAUCACAACUCCCAAAAAACGAAAAGCACCUCCACCUCCUAAUAGUCCACUGCAGAGUUCUGGACCCUCCUCUCCCUCUGCUGUUACUCCUAGCAGCACUCCUGCUCCCAACAAAGGUGACACUCCAAAGAGAUUUAACUACAAGGAGGACGAGUUUUCAGGAUUACCACUGAAAGAGGUCGAGAAGCUCCAUGAAGAGAGAAACAUGUUGCUGGAGACGAUCGAAGACCUGAAGCAGACGGUGGAGACGGUGACCGUUCCUCAACUGGAGGUCGAGCACACGGCGUCUGCAGCUCUGGUUUCUGCUCUGCAAGCCAGGAUUACUGCUCUUACUUUGGAAAACCAGGAGCUUGCAAACAAACUGAAGAGACUUCCGUCCCUACCAGGAAAUGAGCUGAACGAGGACAGUCGUCCGAACAGCAUGGCCUCCAUCUCCUCCUUCCAUUCCACACAGGACGAGUUUCAUUCACGGGCACAAGUGGCCUCUACGACCCAGGUGGAAGGGGGAGAGCAUCCCGUUAAACUACAGGAAGAGGGGGGUGAAGGCGGGAGCAAGGAGGAAGUCAGGAUUUUGAAACAAGCACUUGAAGGCCUUCAAAUAAAGCUGCUCGAAACCAAGAAGGAGUACUGCUUGCUUCAGGCUCGAUUGAACUCCGACAGACAGAGACAAAGAGGCGAGGAUGGAAGCGUUGGAGAGAAAAUAAGGGAGGAAGAGUUGAUGGAAAGUUUAGCAGAGCUGCAGGCGAAACUGACAGACACUCAAGAGAGAUACCAUCAAGCUCUGGAGGAAGUGGAGGAUCUGAAAGCACAGAUGGGAAGGGGAGAAGAAGAGUUCACAGGGAAACUGGAGGCCGAGAAACUGGAACAUGAGAUGAAACAACUGAAGGUGCGGCUCGUCCAGCUGGAGUCAGAAAAAGACGAAACGGCUCAGCGAAUCAGACCGAUGGAAGAAGCGCUGCAGAGGACGGAGGAGGAGAGGCGGACGGCAAAGGAGAAAGAACAGAGGACGGCGCAGAUCGAAGAGCUUUACAAGGAGGCACAAGAGGAAGUCAGAAUGCUCCAGGAGGCCCUGAAGGGAACGGUCCCCGUUGAAGCCGCAGCCAAAGACUUUGAGGAGAUGAAAGCUGAUUUAAAUGAGGUCAUUGCUGGGCAGCAGCAGCGCUUGCUGGAGCUGUCACACUCCUACAGCGAAACCAAAAGCCAGCUGGUUGCCGCUCAGAAAGAACUGGCCGAAGCCCGAGCCGAGAAACCCUCAGCCUCAGCCUCGGCCGCCUCUUCAGAGCAACAAGUCCAGAUGCUGAGCAGUAAAGUGGAGGAGCUGCAGACAUUGCUCGCCGAGACUGAGAGGAAGCUUUCUGCCGCUCAAGAGGACAUUGCGCGCCUGACACAGGAGGCCGAGGCUCAGACACAGAGCUCUGUGACCCUUACUGACCACACACAGGUCGUGUCGUCUCUGGGAAAUGCCAUCAAGGAGCUGGAAAGUGACUUGGAAACCCUCAGAGAGCAGCUGCAUCAAAAGACGACACAAGUGGAGGCUUUUCAAAAGAGGCUGAAUGCAGAGCAACACGUCACCUCGGAGGACGCAGUUCCCCGUCUGGAACACGAGACCAUGCGGGAGCAGCUGGAGGGUGAGGUGAACCAUCUGACACAGCUCCUUCAGGCAGCCUUAAGGAAGCAGGAUGAGAUGGCUCUGGAGGCGGCGGAUGCGUGGCAGAAGGCGCGAGAUAAUCGUGCAGAGCGGGAAGCUCUGCAGGAGCUCUUGAUGUCACGGGAGAAAGAGAACCAGACUCUGACCUCCAAACUCGCUGAGGCGCAGGAUGCUGUGUGUCAACUCAAGCAGCUGGUAGAAAAUCACGUGGCGUCGGAAAGAGAAAAGAACAAGAGGAUAGACGACUUGUCUCGUGAAGUAGGCAAACUAAAGGAAGCCCUGAACAGCCUGUCACAGCUCUCCUACACGUCCUGCUCCCCGUCCAAGAGGCAACAGCAAAACCAGCAGAUGGAGACGCUUCAGCAGCAACUAAAGCAGCUUCAGUACCAGCUAGCCGAAUCAAAGAAGCAGCAUGAUGAAAUAGUGUCGGUCUACAGGAUGCAUCUUCUCUAUGCGGUUCAGGGUCAGAUGGACGAGGACGUCCAGAAAGCUUUGAAGCAGAUACUGAAGAUGUGCAAGGUGCCAAGUCAAGUCAAGGAGGCCUGCUAAGAGUCGGCCGGGAGUCUCCACAAAAGCACAUUUAUUUUUAGACUGAAAACACAUUGUGCCUGUGUAUAAACCCAGAGUAUUUGCUUAUAAGGAGUCGGUUUACAAGUACGUGUUUAUUGCCUUUGCUAAGGUCAUUUUGAACCUUUAAAACCCUCUGCUCUACAUGCAUGAAAGUGCUGUCUGUUAAUGGAUGACUAGCCUGGGAAAGCCACAUGGGAAAGGAAAUCAGCCAGGUGUUAGUCUGUAAAGCAAUUCAGUGUAAAAAUAAAAUAUCCAACGAUU